AUGCCAACCCAGACUCUAUCUAAUUCAGCUUCUUUAGCCAAUAAAAAACCAAUAAGACCCAACACACAAAGUAAUUAUUCAGAUAAAUGGAAAAAUGAAACAGAUUAUGUUGACAAUGAAAAUGCAAUAGAUUAUUUUGAUGAGAAUGAAAUGAAUAAUUUUGACGAGAAUGAAACAGAUGAUUUUGACAUUGCACAGUUAGAUAAAUUCAACAAAAAUGGCAUGAACAUAGUAGAAUUAUCUUCACGUAUGGAAAUGGUAGAAAAUAUCGCACAGUUACAAGAAUGUAGUAAG